UCUACCGGCUGAUGGACAUGGAGGAUGAUGGGCACUCAGAGCUCCCCUCGUCGCAGUCGUCGACGUUCCCUGCGGCCUCCUCUGCAAUUCCCGACGAGACCUCGUCUCUCGUGCUGGGAAGCAGCAACCUCGACACGAUCCCGAAUCUGGAAGAACUUAUUGCGUGCCAAGAAGGACUUUAUGGACGGGAUCAGCGCAGGAACGGCCAUGCUCGCGGCGCGUUCAUGCCGUACAGCCGCCACCUCGGCACGAAGAAGAAGCCCAAGCCAGGCUCCGGCGCCGGCGGGCAGAGGGCGAUCAAGGCGGCCAUGUCAGCCUUGGCACGGAUGCACAUGGUCAGGCUUGCCCAGUGGCAGCGCUACCAGAUGGAGAUGGCGGUGGCGCCGUCCACCGCCGGGAGCAGCUGCGGCAACCAGCUGCAGCACGUUUUGUCGGAGCGCAAGCGGCGGGAGAAGCUCAACGACAGCUUCAAGGCUCUCAAGACAGUGCUACCCCCUGCGCCCAAGAAAGAUAAGGCAUCCAUACUGAUCAGAGCAAGGGACUAUGUGAACACUCUCAAGUCUAGAUUGUCUGAGCUAGAGGAGAGGAACAGAACGCUAGAAGAAUUGAUGCAGCACCAAUGCGACGAUGGAGGUGAUCGAGAUGAUGUUUCCGAUGAACAGAUUGAUAUUGAAGUAGAUAUCAAUAGAGCAGCAGCAGCAGAGGAAACAUCUCAGGAAUUUCACCUGAAGAUUGUGGUGAGGUCAGGGUAUGAUGCCAUGGAUGCUGUACUUGGUAUACUCGAGUGCCUCAAGGAGCUAGGGGACGUCAGGUUGGCGACCAUGGACACGGGCAGCAGAGCCACAACCUUAGCAUUACAAAUGAAGACUAGCGGAUGCGAUGAUAAUUUCCUGAAAGAAUCUGUUAUCAAGAGUGUCAAGGGUGUGAUGCAGUCAAAGAUAGAGACAGCCUAAGCUUCUCUGAUCCUUCGGUUGAAAUUGGUACCCAAUUGGCUUUUGUUGGUUUUAAGAAGACCAAAUAAGCAAAAUGACCAAGCAGUGAUUGCAAUCAACCAAAAUGUCCAACAUAUGGACAUAUUCAAGGAGACUGAGUUGCUAGUAUUGAUUCUUGAGCUGAAUGUGGAGUUCAAUGGAGGAACGAAGAAAAAGCAUUGUGAUGAUGUUAAAUUUUGAUUGGUAUCCUGAUGAGACUGUUCUUGUAAUAGCACACAGCUACUUCACAGAAGAAACCUGUGAGAAAAAAAAUGAACAUGUAAAAGAACUAUGCAUGCAUGUAAACAAAACUGAAAAAGAUCUUGUCUGUGAA